AUGGCGUCCGCUCUGCGUCCCCUCGCGCUGCUCGCGCUCCUCCUCACCGCCGCCACGGCCAAUGCGGCGACGGUGGUGACGUUCAACCCCGACGGGUCGCUGACGUUCGACGGCUACACGCUCAAAACUGACGGCACCAUCGUGGACUCCAAGGGCGCUGUCGUCACCCCCACGGAGAACGCCGACGGCUCCAAAACCGUCGCGAGCGUGUACACGGCGUACCCCAACGGCACGCUCACGGCGCCGGGCGUCGCGCUCUACACGCAGCCGCCCACGGGGCUGACCGUGGGCACGACGACGCUGCUGUCCGACGGGUCGGUGACGGACGCGACGGGCAUGCUGCUGUUCGGCACGGUGAAUCCCGACAAGUCGUACACCGUGGGCGACGUGACGGGGUGGUCCAACGGCACCAUCGUGGGCCCCGGCGGCGUGGUGGUCAACACCGGCAUCCCCUUCGCCGUCGACCCCACCACCGGCAUCGUCUCCGGCGCGCAGCCCCCCGCCGCCCCGCCUGCGCCUCCUCCCGCCGCGCCCGCGCCGCCGGUGAGGGUGACGACGGUGAUCACGAUUAACGGCGAUCGCUCGCUGUCGUUCGACGGGUACACGCUGCUCAAGAACCUCACGGUGCUCGACUCCUCAGGCGCCGUCGUCACGCCCGCCGCGAACGCCGACGGGUCGUACACCGUCGCGAGCGUGUACUCGGCGUACCCCAACAAGACGCUGACGGCGCCGGGCGUGUCGCUGGUGUUCACGGAGCUGAUCAAGAUCACGGUGGGCGCCACGUCGUUCUUCAGCGACGGGGCCGUGCUGGACGCGGAGGGCAACUCCGUGUACGGCACGGUGAAGAAGGACGGGUCGUGGGUGGUGGGCGACUUCACCGGGUGGAACAACGGCACGCUCGUGGGCAGCAACGGCGCGAUCAUCCACACAGGGCUGCAGUACGCCGCCGACCCCUCCACCGGCAUCGUUCGCACCGCUGCUGCGUACCUCACUGCGAUUAAGGCCCGCUACUCUACUCCCGCUACUGUCUCUCUUGGCCGUCUUUUCCUCCCGUUCCUGUUUCCUGAUCUUGCCUCGUUUGAGCGCUCUGCUGACUUGAUCGCUCACCUCCGCUCGCUCGACGCUAGUUACCGCGCUGCUUGCACUGAGGCACAGCUUACACUGCUUCCUCCCCCCAUGGCGAUCACUGUCUAUUUCAUCGCCACUAGCCUCCCUGACCGCCUUGCCUCCGUUCGUGACGCGCUUCUGCUGAAGCACCCUAGUGAGCUGACUAUCGAGGUCCUUGAGUCUGCACUCAAGGACGUCGAGAGCAACCUUCGUUCGGUAGCUGCCGCCUCUGGUACUGUGUCCCCCCCACUCUUCCACGGGUGCACAGUCCCGCAGUUACCCACCUUCACUGCCUCUCUUGCCACUGCCGCUACUGACGCGACUGCGGCUGCUGUUACGACUGCGUCGCGGUCCCGCGGCGGGGGGGGCAAGAAAGGUGGUUCUGGUGGAGGUGGAGGCGGAGGUAGCGGAGGUAGUGGGGGUGCUGUUGCGACUGGGGGUGGUGGGAGUGCAGCGUCUGGAGAGACCCCUCGUGCAGCGGCUGGUGACUCCACUGCACCUGCUGGUGGCGGCGACCCCCGAGCUCGUCAGUCGCCUCCUGUACUGCCGGCCCCGCUAGUCACUGCACGUCACACUACCACUUUACCGUGUCCUGCUGCUCCCUCCGGGUCUCUCACUGGGUUUCACGUCCCCUCGUUCUCCCGGAACUUGGUGGGCGUGCGACCCCUCGUGAGUCAGCACGUGGGUGUGUGGUUUGAGCCUUCUGGAGAGACUGCGGUGUGUGUUGACGGAGACUCUUACCAGCCUCUUGCUACCUUUACUGCUGAGCCGGGCUCGGGUCUCUACACUCUUCACACUGGCCCGCUCGCUGCGUCGUGCUCCUGCCGGUCGCUUGCCCACCCCACCGUUCUGUGGCACCACCGGAUGGGGCACCCGUCCCUUCCUCGUCUGCGCGCUAUGUCUAGUCAGCGUCUUGUCCUAGGCCUCCCACUUGUCUUGCCGUCGCUGCCGCCUUCGCUUGCGCCGCCGUGUCGUCCCUGCGUCGAGGGUAGGCUGCGCGCCACCCCUCACUCCUCCUCCCUUCGUCCGGCCACCGAGCCUUUUGAGACGCUUCACUUGGACGUCUGGGGCCCCGCCCCUCGUCUAGGCCCUGAGCGUGAGCGUUACUUUCUGGUGGUCGUUGACGACUUCUCCCGCUACACCACAGUGUUCCCUCUGGCGAAGAAGUCUGGGGUGACUUCUACGCUGAUCAGGUGGUUGCUCACCACCGAGGACACUCGUGGUCGUCGUGUCAGCUGUCUCCACUCCGACCGUGGGGGUGAGUUUCGCUCCGGCAUUCUCGCUGGAUUCUGUCGCGAGCAGGGCAUUCGUCAGUCCUGGACGCUUCUAGAGUCCCCACAGCAGAAUGGGGUUGCUGAGCGCCGCAUAGGCCUGGUCAUGGAGAUCGCCCGCACCUCCCUGACUCACGCCUGUGCCCCCCAUUUUCUGUGGCCCUACGCGGUCAGGUACGCCGCGCACCAGGUGAACCUCUGGCCACGUGUCUCUCGACCAGAGGUUUCACCGACCAGUCUUUGGACAGGGUCCCCUGGUGUUGCGUCGCGGUUUCGUGUCUGGGGGUGCUUGGCUCUUGUCCGCGACACCUCCGCGGACAAGCUCUCGCCUCGUGCCGUCCCCUGUGUCUUCCUUGGUUUCCCUGAGGACUCCUCUGACUUCACCUUUUACCACCCUCCCUCUCACCGGUUCUUUGACUCCCGUGACGUCCGUUUCGAGGAGUCCACUCCGUACUACGUCAGGUGUGUCCCAGGCUACCCCUCCUCCUUCGGUAGCCCCUCCGCUACAGCCUCCCUCCCCACAGUCCUCCUCGCAGCGUGCCGCUGGUGCUAG